AUGUUAAGAGGGGAGAAAAGUGCAAUACCUCUCUUGUAUCUCACAAGAGUAAGAGAUCCAACUUUUCAUGAGGACGCUGGUUUGAUAAAAAAGCAAGCUGCAUCCAAUCAUACAUUAAUACCGGCAAACUAUCCAUUGGCUUCGGCAGCCCCUCUACUUUGUGCUGGAAUUACUGUUUAUGCUUCGAUGGUACGCCGUAAGAUGAACCAACCUGGUAAAUCUCUUGGGGUGAUUGGCCUUGGUGGCCUAGAUCACAUGGCAGUGAAGUUUGGCAAGGCAUUUGGUUUGAAUGUAACAAUUUUCAGCACUAGCAUAUCCAAGAAAGAGGAAGCUUUAAGUCAGCUGGGUGCAGAUAACUUUGUGGUCUCAUCUGACAGAAAUCAGAUGAAGGCCCUGGUGAAGUCAGUAGACUUUAUAAUUGAUAUAGCAUCUGGUGAUCACCUUUUUGAUCCAUAGAUGGAACUAUUGAAACUGGUGGAGUUCUGGUCUUAUGGUGGGAUUCCCCAGUGAAGUCAAAAUCAGUCCUGCCAACCUUCAUAUCGGUACAUUGGCAUGUUUCAAAUGAUUGAAAUGACAGUUUUAUAUAUCCAACUGUUAUUGCAAUUGCAAGUAUAUAUAAUGAACUCCAUGCAUUGACCUUUUGGCAGGUAUGAAAACCUUUUCUGGUUGUGUAACAGGUGGAACAAAGGAUAUCCAAGAAAUGAUAGAUUUCUGUGCUUCAAAUGGAAUUCAUCCAAUGAUUGAAAUAAUUCCAAUUCAAUCUGCAAAUGAAGCUAUUGAGAGGCUACUAAAAAGUGUUGUGAUAUACCGGUUUGUGUCGAUAUUGAAAACUCCCUGAAAUAGACACCAUGAAAGAGAGCAAGGAUUUCUCUUGUUGAUUUGUAUUAAUAAGCUCAUAUGGAUUGGAUUGUAGGGCUCAAACCAUUAUCAAUUUGGCAAUCA